GAAAUUCGAAAGACGCGACAAUCACCAAAAUGUCUGAGGUAGCACAGAAACCGGACGAUUACCAGAAUGUUUUUAAAAGUUUCAAGACACACAAGUCCACUGUAUGUAAUGCACUUGACUACCUAAACAGCAGUGAGACUGCAAAUUUCUGCUUCGUUAAAAUUGAGGAUUGCAAUGCUGAAUAUUCCUGCGGCUUCACGGAAUGUUGGUGUCCAACAAAGAGAAAUCUCGAAGAAGAGGAUCAUGAAAAACGAAAAUUAGUUUACUAUGGGGAAGUAUUUGAAAUCGAGUUGCUUAAAAGUUUCCUUGAGGGAAAAGAAACUCUUGACAGUCUCGGCUACGGACGUAUCAAGGCAUUGGAAAAACUGUCAGAUUUCUUGUGUGACAGUAACCUGCAAGAAACCAGCAAAAUAUUAGCAAAACCGUUGGGAAAAGAUCUUAAAGAAGCCAAAUGGGCAUCAUUAGUAGCUACUCACAUAUUCAGUAAGCUUGCAGUCACCAGUGACAUGACUAUAAGUGACAUGGGAUACCAGAUUAGAUAUGACCAAUGCCCUUGUGGAUGUUUGGCACCUUUAAGAGUAGGCGAUACUAGUAUAGGUAAUGAAAAUGUUUGGCAUGGCAGUGUAGACAUUUUGAUGGGUCAUGUGGCAGGCAUUACUAGAGCUGAAGAAAGUGUUGGAGAAAAUACUGAAGAAGAUGACUCUUCAUUUGAAACAAACCCUGGAAAUUUGGAAUUUGGCAGAGACCAGUUGAUUGCAAAAUGUGUUGUUUUUUCAUGUGUUCAAAACAUACAAGGAUAUAAAUUAGGACUUGCUCCUACGAUUGUGAUUUCCAAAGACCGUGUGAAAGUAUACAUGUAUGACCCUAAGAGUGACAUGUUGUAUGAAAGCACAGAACUGCCAUUGUUUAGUCCUUAUGUGAAAAAGCUCAACACUAUUACCAUUGUAGCUCUUUGGCUUGCUGUAAACUAUGCCAUUUUUGGGACAGGUGUUCAGCCAGCUCAUCAAGAGUUUGGUUAUACAGCGGAUUUUAAAGAUAGAAUAAAUAAUAUGGAGAAAAAUGAAAUUUAUAAAACAGAAUUACAAAUUGGUGGUUGUAAACAAGUAAGACGACUUAAACCUAAUCACAGAGGAGGUUUUGGGACAUCUUUCAUAAAGAAUUAGUUCCUUCAAGAUUAAGAUACGAUUCUAGGCAAAAUGUUUUGUACAGUUGCAAUUUUAGAAUGUUUCUUCACAUCUAUAACCAUUCGCCACUGUUUCAUACGUAACUUUGAUUCCAUAUUUUUGUCAUAUAAAAAUAUAGCUUCUUGCUCCCUACUAAGA